AUGGUUAAAGCUUUACUUGCAGUUACUUCCUACAACGGUCCAUUCUACCCAAACGGUGACAAGACCGGUUUGUACGCUACUGAAGCAAUUGAACCAUUUUUAGAAUUGGCUCAAAAGGGUUACGAAGUUACCAUUGCUUCCGAAACUGGUGAAUUUGGAUAUGACCCACACUCAUUGACCGAAGAUGCCUUGCAAGGAAAAGCUAGAGAAGUUUACGAAAACAAGGACUCUUCAUACAAUACAGCCUUGAAGAACAUCAAAAAGGCUUCAGAUUUGACUAAUGAAAAGUUUGAUCUUUUCUUUGCUAGUGCCGGACACGCCACAUUGUUUGAUUACCCAAAGGCCAAGAACUUGCAAAAGAUCUUGAUUGACACCUAUUUGAAUGGCGGUGUCGUUGCUGCUGUGUGUCACGGACCUGCAAUCUUUGAAAACCUUGAAGAUCCAAAGACUAAGCAACCUUUUGUUAAGGGUAAGAAGAUUACUGGUUUCACUGAUGAAGGUGAAGAGCAAUUGGGCUUGACCAAGACUAUCAAGGACCAUGGAUUGUUGACGAUUAAGCAAGUUGCUGAGAAGGAAGGUGCUACUUAUGUGCCACCAAAGGGUCCUUGGGAUGCCUUCUCUGUAACCGAUGGAAAGAUUGUUACUGGUGUCAACCCACAAUCGGCAUUUGCCACCGUCAGGGACGCUGUUGUUGCCGUUGAAUCAGUCAGUAACUAG